GGUGCGAAAUUGUUUAGUGUUUACAGAAUUUAUUUAUUCUUUAUUAAUUAUUUUACGAGUGAUAGUGCAUUGUAUUAAGGAUGGAAGUUGAAGAUAUUAUCAAGGGUUCAAGUUUUUCAAUGUUAAAAGGCAAAGUUAGUGAUAAAUUAUUAGAAAAUUUGCAACUUAUGGGGCUUUCAAAGCCAACUCGAAUUCAAGCUGAAUCACUUCCUUACAUUUUAUUAGCAAAGGAUAUUAUUGGCACGGCAAAAACCGGGAGUGGUAAAACGUUAGCAUUCUUAAUCCCUGUGAUUGAAAGAUUGAUUCAACUUAGAUUUUCCAGCAAACAUGGCACAGGCUGCAUUAUUUUAACACCAACCAGGGAGUUAGCGCUGCAAAUAUAUCAAGUAUUGAAGAAAUUACUUGUCAAUAUUGACCUAACAUACUCUUUGAUUGUUGGGGGAGAGAAAAAAGCCAAAGAUUUGAUAGUAUUGAAAAAAGGGGUUAAUAUUGUUGUCAGCACUCCAGGGCGUCUCUUCGACCAUCUCCAGAACACUGAAUGUUUUAAUGUGAACAAUUUAAAAUGCCUAGUGGUGGAUGAAGCAGACAAGCUGCUUGAAGCUGGCUUCGAGAAACACAUCACAGGGAUAGUUAAGCUGCUUCCAAGAAAUAGGCAAACUUUACUAUUUAGUGCUACCCUGGACAGGAAUGUGAAGAAUCUGGCAAGGUUAGCUUUAAGGGAAGAUCCAGUGGUAAUAUCUACUAGUGACCAAUCACAGUCCACUGUCACUGGCCUAAAGCAAGGGUAUUACAUAACUCCUGUAGAACAGAAGCUGUCAUGGCUAUACAAAAUGCUUCGAAAAAGCAAGAAGCUAAAGGUCAUGGUGUUCUUUUCAUCAUGCAAAUCAGUAGACUUCCAUUAUGAAUUCUUUAGGAAUCACUGUAAAGCUUCAGUUUUAAGUAUACAUGGUCGGCAAAGCCAAGCUAGAAGAAAGGAAGCUUAUCAAAAUUUUGUUGAAGCAUCAAGUGGAGCCCUAUUUUGCACUGAUGUGGCGGCCAGAGGAUUGGAUAUACCGAGCGUCGACUGGAUCGUGCAGUAUGACCCUCCUACAGACCCAAAGGAAUAUAUUCACAGGGUUGGGCGGACAGCAAGAGGUCUAAAUAACACGGGAAAUGCUGUUAUAUUAUUAAGGCCAGAGGAAGAAGGGUUCAUAAGUUUUUUAAAUACUGUAAAGGUGUAUUUAGAUAAAUACAGUUUUCUGGACCCAUCUGAUGAUAUUCAGAGAAUGCUUGAAGAUUUAAUACUAAAGAAUGGCGUAAUGAAACUUUUAGCAAGGAAGGCAUAUCUCUCUUUUCUAAGGUGCUACAAAGCCCAUCCAUUGAAGAAGAUAUUCAACAUUAAUACGUUGGAUAUCAAUUUAGCAGCCAAAGCCUUUGGAUUUUUGGAAACACCACACAACGAUUUCUUAAACAAACCAAAGAAAAAAUCUAAGAAGAACACAACUGCAUAGGAUAUGAAGACUGCAGAUUAUUUAUAGCCAAUUGACUGUUAUCAAUUAUCAUACAUGAUGUUGUAAACACUGAACUGUAUCCGAGCAUUAACAGCAACAGUGUUGACUGUGAUAAGGGAUAUCAGGUCACAUGACCUAUGUCACAGAAAAGAGGAAAAUGAUUUAUAAACUUCGUCACAUCGAUUAUUUAGCAUUACUGUGGAUUGAUCGUUUGUAGAGCGUAAUUUGUGCUCUAUUGCACAUAUAAUAAGACACAAAAUAAAAAAAAAAUUCCUAACAUUUGACACCAUUUACUUUUCGGUAAGGUUAAAACACGUUAGGAAACCCAAAUACAUGAAACACGACGGUAUAUGGGAAGUCCCACCUAUCUAACGUCAUUCUCUCAUUAAGAGCCCAUCAACGUGCACACUAGCGCCACUGCUAGAUAAUCGUAAUUAUUUUAAUUUAACGAAAGAUAUACAAAAAAGGGGGCCGCUACGUACUGUAUUUUUUGUAUUUAUGGAAUGUGAUGAAUUGAUGACGAAAAAUAAAGUUGUUU